CUCAGCAAUGAUGAACUGCAAGAUCGGUUUUGGCUUCGUGGCUUCUCUCGCCCUUCUGGCUCUGGUGCGCACCGAUUCAGGAUGCCCGGAGCUUCUGGCUAAAAUGAAGAGCAACGGUUGCUGCAAUCUCCCGAAAACUCUUCCCGAAGAGACCCUGAAGGAAUGCAAAUUAAAUUCGAACAGUUUUAGAGGCAACGGUAGAUUGGGCAUGAAGGCCAUCAUGGGAGGUAUUCGCAGCGCAAGUUCCAUGCCUUGCAAGAUGGAAUGCGUCUUUAAGAAAUUGGGAUUGUUCAAUGAAACGGCGAACCGCGUGGACACAGACGCUGCGAAGGCCGCCGUUGUCCAGUACGCGCCGGAUGCGUGGAAGGACGCGGCCGGCACUGCUGGAAAUAUUUGUUCUACUACCCUGAACAACUUGUACACUAAAAUGGAUUCGACCCCAAUGCCGGACCUCGGCUUCAAACCUUCCUGCAAACCUUGCUCCUUCUUGUACUCCACGUGCAUUACUAUCGAACUCAUGGCUAACUGCCCGUCCCCGUCGAACAGUUCAGCAUGCACUUCCAUCGCGGACUCGUUCAAGACGUGUGCCAACAAUGUCACCACCUUCUUCCCACCGCCGCCACUGAAACGCAAUCGUUCCUAAUUUCUUGAACCCUGCUUCGACGACUUCAACAUGAGCAACAAUUACAAUAGUAAAUUUGUUUGGUGCUAAUUGCAUGGAAUAAAUUUUGGACAUUGAAA